AUGGAAAUCGAAGACGAAGUCGAAGAGGUGCCAGAAAGCAUACCGGAACCGCAGAAGCCCGCAUCGCGACGCGCCCAGCAAACCUCGAGCACAGCACGACAAACAUCGGCUAGCCUCAGACGAGCAGGAAGCGUGUCGGACACAGAGCGCGACCCAAUAUUGAGGCGCAAGGUUGGCGAUCUCUCCAAGAAGCUUGAGGCUAUGACGGUCAGGUAUGAGAACCUUAAGGAGGCAGCUACGUCAGGGAAAGAGUCCAACUUCGACACGCUCAAGAGGAAGACGGAGCAGACAAUCAAAGGUCAAGAUGCCGUAAUCAAGGCGCUCAAACAACAGAUCACCGAAAUGCAGUCACGGACCGCCGAGAUUACCGCUUUGAGGAAAGACCUCGCGAAGGCUGAGAAAGAGAACGCUCGCCUUGCGGCAGAAAACCUCAAGACGAGCGAGUCCCUUGCUGCAGCACAUAAGGAGAAGGAGACGCUGUCGACGAAGCUUGCAGCCGCACGGUCUACAGUACAACCUGAGGCCAAGAACGUGCCUGGCAGUGCUGUCAAGGCACGUUCAACAGGCGUUGUGCUUCCAGGUCAAAUGGAAGCCGCCAAGAAAGCACAAUUCCAAGAUCAGAAAGUGGAACUCUACAGCGACCUAACCAACCUCUUAGUCAUGGGCGUGAAGAAGAACGAGGAAGGCGACGACGUAUACGAUUGCAUACAGACCGGUCGCAAUGGAACACUCCAUUUUCAAUUAACCGUCAUGACCGAUGGCGAUUCGUACCAAGAACAUGAAUUUGUCUACCAACCCCUGUUGAACGAGCAGCGCGACAGAGAACUCAUCGACCUACUACCAGACUACCUCACGGAGGAAAUCAGUUUUCCCCGCGCACAAGCACCAAAGUUCUACACAAAGGUCGUAGAUUCCAUGUCGAAGAGGUUCAUUUUGGAGGACGAUUAG